AUGGCAGAACAUCAUCUGCCGAUUCGACAUCCCUCGUCGGCUCGUCUCAGACAAUGGAAGAUAAUUAACCGUCGGAGGCUCAGGGAGUGGUGCGAGGGAUAUGGUAUCCAGCGGGCCUUCGCUUACGUGGACUAUCCGCAGAGCAACAAGCAAGCUGAAGUCACCAAUCGGGAGAUCCUUCGAAUCCUUCGUGCUCGGCUCGACCACAUCGGAUGUAGCUGGGUUGAUGACCUCCCAAGCAUGUUAUGGGCUAUCCGCACAACCCAAAAGGAAGGCACAAGCAUGACCCCCUUUCACCUGGUAUACGGUGGCAAAGCAGUCGUCCCGGUAGAGGUCAUGGUAGAAUCCGAUCGGGUGCAGCACUAUGACGAUGGGAACAUCGAGCGGGGGAUGAUGGAGCUCGACUUGGUGGGCGAAACGCGGGCGAAAGCCGCCGUUCAGCUGACGGCCUAUCGGUAA